CAAAAUAACAAAUCUCUCGCUCUACAUUUCUAAUCUCAUCAAACCAUUCCCUUCUUCUUCCUCCCCUUCUUCUUCCUCCCCUUCUUCUUCUUCGUCUUCGUCUUCGUCUUCGUCUUCUUCUUCCUCCUCGCUGUUAACAAAACCAGACCAGACUUAGGCCCAGAUUCAUCAAUGGAGGCUUCUCCUAGAUACCAAGAAACCCAUAACCAAAACCAAACUCUGCUUCCAUCUCCCACAAGUCAUAGCACCAAUAGUAGCACGAGCAGCAGCAGUAACAGCAGCAACACUGCCACCAAAAACCACCAUCAUCCGCCACCUCCUACAACGCCUACAGCAGCGCAACAGACGCGACCUCUCACCAGAUCCGAGUCUGCUAAUCCUUAUCCCACCACCUUCGUUCAAGCUGACACCUCCUCUUUCAAGCAAGUCGUUCAAAUGCUUACUGGAUCCUCCGAGACCGCCAAGCUCGCUUCCUCCGCCAAACCCACCGCUCAUCACAACAAUUUACAGAACGAAGUUUAUCCUAAAACCCACAACAUCCCUCCCAUCAAAUCUAUACCAAAGAAGCAGAACUCCGGGUUCAAGCUUUACGAGCGUAGAAAUUCUCUGAAGAAUCUCAAGAUCAACCCGCUUAACCCGAUUUUUGCUCCGAAUAAUUCCGGGUUCUCCCCUCGGAAACCCGAGAUCCUGUCACCGAGUAUCCUUGAUUUCCCGGCUCUUGUUCUCAGCCCUGUAACUCCUUUGAUACCCGACCCGUUUGACCGAUCGGGUGCAGCAAAUUACAGCGGCAAUAAUUGUUGCUUCGUUAAUAACAAUCAGGGGAGUAAUAAUGGUAAUAAUGGGAAUUUAGAUACAGAUGCGGAGGAGAAAGCUAUUAAAGAGAAGGGUUUUUACUUGCACCCUUCACCCGCAUCAACGCCGCGGGAUUCGGAGCCCCGACUCCUGCCGCUAUUUCCGGUUACUUCACCGAGGAUUUCAGGUUCUUCUACUUCUACAACUUCUUGAAUAAAAUGCUUUCAGUAGUUGUUUUUUUUCUUUUUGUUGUAAGAUUUUAACAUAUUGUUGGGGCACAUUGACGAUGAUGAGGGUGGUGAGGAGGAGGAGGAGGAAGAAGGAGAUAAAAAAUCUGUAAUGUUGGGAUAGUUGCAAAGAGGAGUGAGAGGAUCUUUGCUUCAAUUCAAUUGUAAAAUUUACUGUUCUCUUUUUUGUUUUGGUUUUCUGAAUGUUUAAUUUGCCAUGUUUAGAUGAUGAUGAUGAUGAUGAGAGGAUUUGUUUUGGGGUGGAUUGGGAAUCCAAUGACUAACAUUUAAUUUUUCUUUGAAA